AUGAGUGAAGCUUACAUAAUGAGGCAAAGUGAAACCCUCCUACGUAAAUGCAUUAAGAUACUCCAUGCAAUUAAUCCUCAUAUAACGUCUGACAAGAACCACUCUAGCUAUACACCCUUCUUUGUUUCUUUCAAAACAUUUUCACAAAAUGGAUCAGCUCCAUUUUUCUUCUUUCCCGUGAUGGCUCAAGGCCACGUGAUUCCUACACUAUAUAUGGCCAAUCUCUUUGCUUCCCGUGGUGUUAAGGCCACCAUAAUCACUACCCCUCUCAAUGAAUUUGUUUUCUCCAAAGCUAUUCAAAGAAACAAGCAUUUGGGUAUCGAAAUUGACAUCCGCUUGAUUAAAUUCCCAGCUCCGAAGAACGACUUGCCUGAAGAUAGCGAGCGCCCAGGUCUGGCUCGAUUAAAAUUUAGCUUUAGGCCACCGAAUUCGUUGAGCCGACCCUGCGAGUGCCUUGAUCGCCUUCCUUCUGAUGACAAACUCGCAAAUUUCUUCAAAGCUGCAGCUAUGAUGAAAGAACCACUAGAGCAGCUUAUUGAAGAAUGUCGCCCAAAUUGUCUGAUUACUGAUAUGUUCCUUCCUUGGACUACUGAUUCUGCUGCCAGAUUUAACAUUCCUAGAAUUGUUUUCCACGGCACUAGCUAUUUUGCACAGUGUGUCGGAGCCAGUAUCAAGCGUAAUAAGCCUUUCAACAAUGUGUCUUCUGAUUCUGAAACUUUUCUGGUAGCAGAUUUGCCUCAUGAAAUCAAGCUGACUAGAACGCAAUUGUCUCUGUUUGAGCAGUCGGGACGAAGAGUCGAUUGUUAUCCCUUAUUCCACCAAUCAAGUGACCCUUAGGGGCGUUUGGUAAAAGAACUAAAUUAUCUCGGAUUUAUCUCAUCUACCUUAUCCCAUGUACCAAAUUGACCCCUUAGAAGUUGUUGAUACGUGGGAUUAGGAAAAUAAUUGGGAGAUGAAAUUUUUUGAUCACUUUAUUCUAUAUUUAGUAUGAGUUACAUUAACUAGUCAUUAGAUAAUUUUAUUCCAUCACUUGUACUAAAGUAAUAGAAUUACUAUCUCAUGCAUUGUGCGAAUA